AAAAUCCGUACCCAAUGGACAUACACGAGUCAGCGGUGACAUGUUGCGCAUACUUCGCAGACUGUCCAUCGGAUUUAGUACCUGCCUUCUAUUCAGUUGGAUCCAAGUCGCAGAAAAAGACAGGGUUCAGUGAAAAGGAUUGGCCAAUAUCUGGUGGAGAAUGGAGUUCGAGCUCAAGUAGUUAUAACGAAAUUAUUGUAACGGGGCAUGACGACGGCAGUAUAAAAUUUUGGGAUGCAUCCGCAGGCACUUUACAAGUCCUUUAUAAAUUGAAGACAGCUAAGCUUUUCGAGAAAGGUAGAACGCGUAGUAUAGACUCGGAAGAAGAUCUGUUUGCGAUACAGCAAAUCUAUCUCUGUCCCGAAAGUCGGAAAUUAGCGAUCGCAGGAAAUGGAAAGCACGUUGUUUUGUUUAAAUUCAAAAAAGUAGAGAUACUAUUUUUAUACUAUCUUAUGCUAACUAAUUCUUCGUAUGAUUUUCGCGGGCCCCGGACCAAGGGGAAAGAGGUGGAAAGUUCGUCUGAUCACGACUCACCGGCUGGUAAUACCUCAGGAAGUAGCGAAACUAAAAACACUGAAUCGAAUCAGCCUCUAAAAGUUAAGACUGGUUUACAGAAGAGAGCCCCAGGCUUUCAAGCGACACUGAUCUGCUUAACGGUCGCUGCUAGUGGAGAACAGCCUGAAAAUAUAACAGCCCUUAGUUUGAACUCUUCCUAUGGCUUAAUGGCAUAUGGAAAUGAGACCAAUUUGGUGAUAAUAGACAUCGUGCAGAAAAUUUCUUUGAUUGUAUUGAAUACAGCGGACAUCGGCGGUAAUUCGGAUCCGUGUCAACGAGUGUUACGCAGCCCUAAACGCCAAGACGACUUGAAACGGGAAAACGAGGACAAAGCAAGGAGUCCUAGCACAGAUCAGACUCAACGAGACUCUACUGUGCCGUCUGAAGCCUUAUUAGCAAUGGUAGCCGACAAUGCUCAACAAUCGCAACAAUGCCCACUACGCGGCGAAUACCAAGCCGCCAGCUGCAAUAACGACAAACGGACCACGGAGGUCACUGUUAAUGAAAUCUGUAAGCCCGGACACACAGUGAACGAAGAAGAUUGCGCGAAAAACCAUGGCUGGAAAGGAUUCAGUCUGAAGAGGCAGCUCACCAAGGUUGAUCUGAAAAUAAAAAGUACUUUCACGCCGACUUUGACGUCUCAAAAUGGGGUAGGCACUGAUAGUAGCGGUGGUCAGAAAUCUUCCGUUUUUUACUGUAACGUCAGCGAAUCCGCGAGUUCGUUGUCUCCAGUCGAAAGUGUCGAGUCUGAAUCUUCGGUGUCGUCGGAAGGUUCGAUACCAGGACGCGAGAGUCCGCCGCACGACGAGAAGAAACGAUGCGGCAGCCUGGAUGCGAAGAGCCCGAUGCUCGAAGGGGACAAUAACAAACUGUUACGAUUACAAAAUGAGAAUUCGCCGGAGAAAUCGUCGGCCGUCAGGCCAGUGGACUUAACGUUAUCGGAGACCGAGAUGAAACCGCCGAGGCUGAAGAAAAUCGUCAAGAUGAAACAGGCGAAACGCGAGGGUCGUUUAUUGUCUGUGCCGAACUUAAAGUUUCCAAAAAACGACCCACCGAUAUGCGAUCUACGGUGCGAAGAGAACACGGCUCCCGAAUCCUUCACCUGCAAUCUAAUAAGAAGAUUCAGUAAGUGUUUAAAAUUAGAGUAG